GGAUUAUUCACGGGAACAUGAUGAUUACCGCGGACGCAUGGAGAAUCGCAAAAUUGGCGAGUUUAAGAAUUUUACCUCAAAUUUUAACGUCGCUUGAGCAUCAGAGAGCGCUACGAACGAUAUCUUCUUCCACAAUAAUUCGACAGUUAAUCAUGGAUAUGGAUCAUCACGUUCCAACGACACCUCUUGACGGAGAUGGAAGUGGUCACAAAAAAUAUUAUCGUCAAGCUGGUCAAAGGAUGUAAAUUACGUUUUCAAACGGAUGAAUAUCUUUUGCCUGAUGAAAAUGUUGACAAUGUCAUUUCGAAUUUUUGUCUGCCAACAUCAGAGGAUUUAGGAAGAAAUGAACGUAUUAGAAAACCUCGACGUGUGUCGGACAGCUUUAAUGAAUGUGCUCAAGUCUCAUUAACUGACAAGCGUGAAUUAAGUCACAGAAUAUUUGUGAACAGAAGUCUUCAUCUGGAAAAUAUUAAAUUUUAUGGCUUUGACAUGGACUAUACACUGGCGGAGUACAAAUCUCCCCAGUAUGAACAACUUGGAUUUGACCUUCUAAAAGAUCGAUUGGUUUCUCUUGGCUAUCCACGUGAACUUAAAGAGUUUGAUUACGAUCCAAGUUUUCCAGUAAGAGGAUUAUGGUUCGAUACGCUUUAUGGCAAUCUUCUUAAAGUUGACGCUUACGGGAAUAUUUUAGUUUGCGUUCAUGGAUUUGAAUUUCUAAAGCAUUCCCAAGUUUAUGAAUUGUAUCCAAAUAAAUUUCUACAAUUGGACGAAUCACGAGUUUAUGUUCUCAAUACUUUGUUUAAUUUGCCAGAAACAUAUUUAUUGGCAUGUUUAAUAGAUUUUUUUACAAAUUCUCCCCAAUUUUCAAGGGAAAAAACGGGAGUAAAAGAAGGUGAAUUAACAAUGAGCUUUAAAAGUAUCUUUCAAGAUGUAAGAAGUGCCGUUGAUUGGAUUCACUCUCAAGGUGAUUUAAAGAGUAAAACAAUUGAAAAUUUAGAUCAGUAUGUUAAAAAAGACGAGAGAUUGCCUAUGUUUCUUGACAGAAUAAGAGAAAGUGGUGCCAAAGUUUUUCUCCUCACUAAUAGUGAUUAUGUGUUUACCAAUAAAAUUAUGACAUAUUUAUUCGAUUUUCCUCAUGGAGCGAGGUCGGACGAACCGCAUAGAAAUUGGAAAACAUAUUUCGAUACCAUUGUUGUUGGCGCUAGAAAGCCACUUUUCUUUGGAGAAGGUACAAUUUUAAGGCAAGUGGAUACAAAAACAGGAGCUUUAAAAUUAGGUACUCAUAAGGGUCCACUUCAUACGGGAGAAGUUUAUUCUGGUGGUUCUUGUGAUGUUUUUACGGAAAUGAUUGGAGCGAAAGGUAAAGAUGUGUUAUACGUUGGAGAUCAUAUAUUUGGUGAUAUUUUAAAAAGCAAAAAAAUCCGAGGUUGGCGAACAUUUUUAAUUGUUCCUGAAUUAGUUCAGGAACUUCAUGUUUGGACUGACAAAUGUCAACUUUUCGCCGAGUUACAAAGUUUGGAUGUUAUGUUGGGAGAAAUGUACAAAAAUUUAGACAGUAGUACCAAAGAAAAACCGGAUAUAUCAAAAUUAAGAGCGUCAAUAAGAGACGUGACACAUAAAAUGGAUCUCGCUUAUGGAAUGAUGGGAUCUCUUUUUAGAAGUGGAAGCAGACAAACAUUUUUCAGCAGCCAAGUUGUUAGAUAUGCCGACCUUUAUGCUGCCACAUUUUUAAAUUUAAUUUAUUAUCCCUUUUCGUAUAUGUUUAGAGCGCCUGCGAUGCUUAUGCCUCACGAAAGUACAGUCGCACAUGAACAACGAUUUGUCAUGGAAACUCCAAUGAUUAGUCGAACAAGAACUUUCAAACUUCCUGAUGAAGAAGAAGAACACAGUCGAUUAAUAACUAAAACUUUAGAAGUAGAGACGAACAAUAUUCAAAUUCCACAUGCGAGGCCUGAAACUCCAAGAAACGUGACUCACACACAUGACGAGGAUUGUAGCGACGAAGACUCCGAUUCACAGAAGCAAAACAAUCAAGAAAAAAGAAUUCAAAAGGAAAUUGAAGAACCGUAAAUUCAUAAAAUCCCUGAUUCAAAAUGCUUGUUGCAAAUUAUUUCUCAACUCAAGGAUAAUUACAUCGAAAAUUCGAAUAGAACAGGUGCGUGUAAAGUAUUACUAUAAAAAAAAAAAAAACAGUAGUUCAGUUGUUACUGUUUUAUAAAAAAAAAAAAAUUCCAAACUUAAAAGUACGAAAUAGUAAUUGCAAAAAAUUUAUUUUAUAUUUUAGAAUUGUUUUUUUUUAAAUAGAUAAAACAAUGUAUUUGUGCAAAUUUAUAUUUUUUUUAAACUUAUCUUUCAAAUAAGAUAAAAAAUUAA